UAUUGAAUGCAUUAAAAAUCAAAACCAAACCCCAAAUGGUGAUAGAUAGUGAUGUGGAUGACAACCAUGAAAUAUCGCAUAUUGGUCCCCAAUUGCUCUCCAAAAUUUGCCUCCUUCAUUUUCGUGAACAUUCCUCAAAACACUAAUCUCACUUUCCGUUUUCAAUUUUUCCUUCUCUCUCUUCCUUUUUUUUUUUGAAUUCAACAUAUCAUACAAAGGGUGUAAUUUUUUUUUUUUGGCGGAAUCAUGUAUUUGAUUGAUUUGUAGUUCGAAUGUGGGUCAAGAAAUUAAUAGUGGGUAUAGUUUUUCAGUGGUUAGAAUAAGUGAUAUUGGUUUGGCUAAGAUGCAGGGUGGAAUGAUGUUUGCCAGGCUAGAUGAUUCGCCCAUGUUUCGUCAGCAGAUCCAAGCUUUUGAGGAAGAUGCUGAAACAUUGAGGGAUAAAUGUCUCAAGUUUUAUAAAGGAUGCCGAAAGUACACAGAAGGGCUUGGGGAAGCAUAUGAUAAAAACAUAGCUUUUGCCAGUUCUCUUGAAACCUUUGGAGGAGGGCACAAUGAUCCUGUUGCUGUUUCAUUUGGAGGCCCUGAUAUGGUACAAUUUGCUAUCGCUCUGAGAGAAAUUGGAACAUACAAAGAAGUUCUUCGAUCACAGGUAGAGCAAAUAUUAAAUGAUCGAUUACUACAUAUGGCUAGCAUUGAUCAUCAAGUAAAGGAAGCUCGGAAGCGUUUUGACAAAGCUGAUGUAGCUUAUGACCAGGUCCGCGAGAAGUUUCUAUCGUUGAAGAAAAAUACUAAACUGGAUAUAGUUGUAGCCAUUGAAGAGGAACUUCAUUAUGCAAGGUCGACUUUUGAGCAUACCCGCUUUAAUCUGGUUGGAGCUCUUUCUUCCAUUGAGGCCAAAAAGAAGUAUGAAUUCUUGGAAUCAGUUAGCUUGACAAUGGAUGCUCAUCUUCAGUAUUUCAAACAGGGGUAUGAACUGUUGCAUCAGAUGGAGCCUUAUAUCAAUCAGGUCCUGACCUUUGCACGAAGGGCUAGAGAAAGUUCGACACAUGAGCAGGUAGUUCUCAAUGAAAAAAUGCAAGAGUAUAAGAAGGAAGUUGAUCAACAAAGCAGGCGGUCAUUAAAUAGUUUUCACAAUUCUUCAACUGCUGAAAUCACACAACAUUCUUCCAGAAGUUCCCAGAAAGUGAUAGAGGCAGUAAUGCAGUCAGCUGCAGAAGGAAAGGUAGAAACUAUAAAACAAGGGUAUCUCUCAAAGCGUUCCUCUAAUUUAAGAGGUGACUGGAAGAGAAGAUUCUUUGUUCUAGAUAGCAGAGGAAUGUUGUACUAUUAUCGAACACUAAGGAGCAGGUCCUCUUUUCAGGGAUCUUCCAAUCCACUCUCUUCACAUUAUCAUGGAGGUGUACAUGAUGAAAAACCUGUUGCACAUCGCACGGUGAACCUACUGACAUCAACAAUAAAAGCAGAUGCAGAGCAAUCGGAUUUGAGAUUUUGCUUCAGAAUAAUUUCACCAACAAAGAGCUAUACUUUGCAGGCAGAGAGCAUAGCAGAACAAAUGGUGUGGAUAGAAAAAAUAACAGGAGUUAUUACCUCGUUACUGAGUUCUCAGACACCUGAAAGGCAUUUCUCUAUGAGUCCCUCUACCAAAAGUAGAUCCAUAGGAAGUCCCAUGAGUCAGGAUCAAAGAACAAUUGAAGAAUGCACAUCUGGGAGGGAUUUCAUUGCUAAGAGUUCCAUACGCCAAUCCAAAAGUGUGUCACACCUCCCGAGCAUGAAAGUAGAGAAACCAACUGAUGCACUGAAGAGGAUACCUGGGAAUGAUAAAUGUGCUGAUUGUGGUGCUCCUGAUCCAGACUGGGCUUCUUUAAAUCUUGGUAUUCUUAUAUGCAUUGAAUGUUCUGGCAUUCACCGUAAAUUUGGUGUACAUAUAUCAAAGGUAAGAUCCUUGGCACUUGACGUUAAAGUGUGGGAGCCUUCUGUCAUAAUCUUAUUCCAAGCACUUGGUAAUGUGUUUGUGAAUUCUAUUUGGGAGGGUUUGUUGCAUCCAAGAAGAAAUUUCCAGGCAGAUGAAAUACCGAUGCGGUCUUUGGAGUCCCAUAAGCACAAGCAGUUUUCUUGCAAACCAAGUGAGGAUGAUCAUAUUUCAGUGAAGGAGAAGUUUAUCCAUGGAAAGUAUGCAGAAAAAAAAUUUGUUCACAAAGUGGAAAACGGUGAGCAUCUGCUUUCUGUUGCACAACAGCUAUGGGAAGGUGUGCGUAAAAAUGACAAGAAAACUGUAUAUCGUCUCAUUGUUGUUUAUCAAGCAGAUGUUAAUGCAGUUCAUGGGCAAGUAUCACUUGGCAGUGAUUGUGCGAACUCUUUGAACCCACGAGGUGGAAGUGCAGACCUUUCCUCUGAUGGAUUUUUUGAUGGCUGUUCCCUGCUUCACCUAGCCUGCCAAACUGCUGAUAUUGGCAUGGUGGAGCUGCUUCUGCAGCAUGGCGCUAACAUAAAUGCUUGUGAUUUGCGUGGUCAGAUCCCACUGCAUCAUAGUUUCUUAAGAGGAAGAACUGAAAUUGCCAAACUAUUACUUUCAAGGGGGGCCAAUCCACAAGCUGUCGAUAAGGAAGGCAAGACUCCUUUCCAUCUUGUCCAGGAAUCAGCUCUCGAUGAUGUGGAGAUCAUUGCCCUGCUGAAAGUUGCCAUAGGAUAGCACCACAACAAAGAUCAAACUGAGGUAGACAACUUAGUAUUGCAUCCCAGUAAGAAUAUUUUAUCUUCAAGAACGAAGUUUGGAGUUAUACGGAAGUGCUAAAGCUUGCUCAAAUCCUUAGCUUCAUUCUGCCAGAAAUUCUGAUAAGGCUUUUGAAAUGAAAGAUCCAGAGAAGUGGUGCUUUUUCUCCGCGAUUCUCAGAGUUGUGCAGAUGUUGAAGUGGGCAGUGGAGCAGUUGUACAUGUAUUUUGAAUUGACUGUGAAACAGAAUUAGCUAAGUAGAACUACAUUUAAGUGGGAAAUUGGCUCAGUGAUGAAGCUGAAAGAAUUGGGGAGACGUGAUGAAUGAGGCUAUUUAUUAUGGUUUCAUUUUUGAGGAGUAUGAAAGAAUGUUUAUCACCAAUAGGCAAUAUAUAGAUUUCUUGUAUUGAUAAGUAUUUGUAUUGCAAUAAAAAUCGUAAAUAUAAACUAGAGAAAACAGUCAAAUACCCCCUCAAUUUAUUACCCGAUUCUCAACUA